AUGCUUGACCAUAUCCUCGUGCCGUGGCAUCAAGCCCCUGGAGAGGCCGAGGCCGAGUGUGCACUACUACAGCAGAAGGGCUUGGUCGACGCUAUUUGGUCCGAAGAUGGCGACCCGUUCAUGUUCGGCUGCACCCUUCUGAUCAAGGACCUGCGAAAUGCCAAGAACCACAAGCUCAAAGAAGAAGCCCGAUCCUUCGACAUGAGGGAUAUCAGAAAAACGGGGCUGUUCAACAAGAAGAGCAUUACACUCUUUGGGAUGUUGACUGAAUGUGACUACGCUCCUGCCGGGCUCAAAGGGUGUGGUGAGUCCAUAGCUCGCCAGUUAACCAAGAACGGGGGUCUCGUCGAGGGGUUCUGGCGAAUCCAAACAGAGGCCGAUGCGGCUCGUUGGCGGACGCGUCUCGAAGAGGCGAUAGACAGAAUUACAUCAAGUUCGAGUUUGAAUUUCAACAAGGAGAGAUCCAACAUUGGAAACUUCCCUAGCCUCCAGGCCUUGAGGAAUUGUCGGAACCCCACCGUCUCCGACGCAGCAACUCUUAACAGUCUUCCAUUCUUACAGGGCGAAUGGUACAGGACGCACACAACUGAGAGCAUGAGGACGACGAUUCCGUGGAUGCAGGCACGUUUCUUUUCUCGAAUGGCCACCAUUUGGUGGGUGGAGCAAUUCAUACCCGUGACAAUGAACCAGAGGUUUCUAAAGAACAACACUGAAGCACGCAAUCUUGUGGCAAAGGUUGUGCAGAAACGGAAGGACGGCCCAACGACCUCUGUCGAGUUUGAUCCGUGUCAAGUCUUUUUUGGCAUUGAGAAGGCCGUUCUCAUCUCUGAGGGAAACCAUCUUCUGAAUCGAUGGGGCGAGCUCGAUAGAAGGCGGGAAGGACAACCAAUAAUGAAUGCAAAAGUCGAUAUGCUCGACGCGAUUCUCAGUCAGGGCUUGUCUGACGCAGAGUUUCAACGUUGGCGAAAAGAGCCCAAGACGCCUCCGCCCAACAAGAUUCAUCCGGUACACCCGCCUCAAGACUCAAAGGUUCAACAGACGCCCCUCGGUAGUGAUCUUUCCUUCGUGGAAAGCCUCUUCCCAGCUGGUACCGGUAGUUUCACAACGCCUUUGCUCUCGUUCAGCGCAGCUCCAGGGGGCGACAUAGGUGUCCCACAGGACCUCCUGAAUCAGCAGCAGCAAAUCCUGGACGACACCCAGUCAAGCAAGAAGCAGACUCCCAUCAAAGAUACUCGCAGUAACAGAGAUCACAUCCAAGUCACGACCCCGAUCCACGGCCGCCGUCGUCCAGGAACUGAGCAUCGAGUCGACGGCCAGUCCUCGGGUACAGGUCAUUCUUCCGCGUCAGAUACCACAACGGUAAGAACACCAAUCAGCCCCGACACCUUUCGAAGAAAGCGACUGGCGAAGCUCGAUGCAGGUCGAGGCGGUGGCAGCACUACCGUUGACGCCAGACUUGGGAACUUCAGCUCCACACUAGACAAGAUCUGGAGCCUUGACGAGGAGGACGACGAGGCAGGGGACAUUCGAGGCGGCGACAGCAAGAAGAGAAAACUGGAAAGCUCUCUCGCGGAAUACGCGCGGCAUGCGGUACCUGGGGCACGAGGGAGACAGAUGUUGCUUGAGAUGGAGCUAGACUCCUCUCAGGAUUCCAUGCGGAGUGUGCCGGUCAGGACGAAAGGAAGCGUCCGAAACAACCCCUCUGCGAAGGAUGCGCAGCCAGGCGCCGCCAAGCCGCUGGCGAGCGGCUGUGGUAAGGGAACGGCUGAUGAUCCUUUGGAGAUAUUGUAG